GGAAUUGAGCCUGGAAAGUCUUUGAAGAGUUCUUAAAUUUGAUUUUGAAGAUGUGGAAACCCUGUGUAAAUAAAGUGUUUCUACUGCCAUAUGGAUUUUCUAUUUAUAUUUACAAGAAACCAAACCACCAGUGGAAGUCAAAAGCUCCCUUUCAUUGACCUUGCUUACUUUACGAGUUACAGAAAUAUUCUCUUUUGUCUCAGUUGUCUUUACCAGCCAAGGGAGUCUGUCUUACAAAAUAUCCAUUACAGUUUCAAGUUACAUGUGCAAAAAAUGUCACUAACAGAGAGUGAGAUUCAAAGAUUGCAACAGAAAGUGGAAGAGGCAGAAGAAGCUCUUCAGAAGGCAGCACAGUAUGGACUUCAGCUCUUGGAUGACAAAAUGGAUCUGCAAAAUAAGUUGGAGGAUCAGCGCAUUGAGAUGACCACUCUAAUUGAGGGCUUGGAGCAAGAAAAAUAUUCACUGCAGCGAGAAGUGGAACUAAAGAGCCGCAUGCUGGGCAGCCUUAAUUCAGAAUUUGAUGUUGUUAAAAACCAACAGAAACACCUGUUGGAACAGCAGCAAACAAUGUUGGAGAGGAUCCAUGCAGUGGAGUGUGGUAAACUCAAGAACAAGGUGGAUAAAUUGAGGAGUGACCUCGAUGAGGCUCAGCUUCUUGAGAAACAGCUGAGACAUAAGUUGGAGUUGCAGUCUCAAACUUUAACCAACAAAACUGAGGAGCUUCGCAAAAUCUCAGAACAUGCCCAUGAAACUACGUCUUCAGAGAUGUUGGAGCUACAAAUCCAGAAGUUGGACCUGGAAUCAUGUAUGGCUGCCUUAGAGCAGAAGCAUCAGGACCUGAAAUACAAAGAACAGCAGCUGGAGCUGGCUAAUGGUAUCCUUCAGAGGCAAUUAGAGACACUUGCAAAUACAAUGGAAGAAAAAGAAAAAGAGGUCGUGUCACUGUACACUGCUUUGGAGAAAUCCAGGGAAGCCAACCAGAACCUUCAAAUACAAUUGGACCUGGUGUUGCAGCAAGCACAGGAUCCAAACAGCAAAGGCAAUUCAUUAUUCUCUGAGGUAGAGGACAAGCGUGCCGAAAUAGAGAGACAGUUGAUCAGUGUAAAAGUACAGCACCAGUCUCUUCAAAAGCAACAUGCUUUUACCAAACAGCAGAUGCUUCGCAUGAAGGUGCAGAUAUCUAAUGUGAUGCAGCUUCAGGGCAUUCGAGCUGACCCAGUCCAACUUGAGAGAUUACAUUUCAUGUUAUCAGAGAAAAACAGUGAGAUAGAAACCUUGAUGAAGAAGGUGCAACAGUUGGAGAAGGUUGAGGUGGCACUUGAGAAUCAGUCCACUGAUGUCUCCAAGGAAACUGAGUUUGUGGAUGAGACAUACUACACUGAUCUUUUGAAAAUGCAACUCUCAAAUUCCAAGAAAUUUGCAGAGAACCUAAAGGAGGAAUUGUACAUGGCAAGAAUGAAAACACUGUCUGAGAGUAACAGGGUGCUCGAAUUGGAAAGGAAACUCUUUGCAACAAAGAAUGCUCUGAAGCAAGGGCGUAUUGACAUUAUCAAGCUCCAAGUAAAAACUGAAGAACUCCUAAUGAAAUAUGAGCCUAAUGGGAGACAUGAGACAUUGACGGGGAUAUGGGACAUUAUAUUGGGAGACUUGGGACAUCGUGGGGAGACAUGGAACAACAAUAAAAUACUUAGGCCUGCAUGUUUAACUUUUAUUUAGAUUUGAUUUAACUUUGCACAGAGUACAGGUACAAAGCCAAUAAAAUGCAGUUAACAUCUAACCAGAAGUGCAGAAAUACAGUAUAAUUUGCAGAUAAGGGCCAUUUAUUAUCAAAACUUGUAACAUACGAACUGUGUGAAUACACAAUGCUGAUACAGCUAUAGAAAAAUGUCAGUUUCUCAAACCUGACUAGACAAAACAAUUCCAUUCUCAGGAACAAAUUAAAUAAGCUUAAUCCUCAUGCAGGUACACGCCCACAUUUUUAACAAAAAAUGUUAAUUUUAUAUUUGUGACCACAAGAAAAAACCUGUAACAUGAAGUGUCCCAACUCUCUCCAUCUGGCCAUUUUGAAACUAAUCCUUAAAUGUUUAAUAAAUAAUACUAUAUAUGGUAACUCUAGGCUACAUAUUUUAAUUCCUAACUGUAGCGGUUCUCGUAUAAGGGUGGAGCACAGAAGACGGCAGGACAGAGUUGAGGUUGGUACAGCGUUUUAUUGCUACACUUUUCAGUGAACACUUAUUUCGAAUUUCACAGGCACACACAGAAUCGGUGUCUGGAUCGGGGAAGAGCUCCCGUUGCUCUCGCUCUCCCUCCUUAAGUAGGGUGCGGUCACUGGGAAGACACACAAACACAGGUUAAUUGCCCUCAGGUGUAGUGAUUCUGCCACUUACCUUCCCUGACUCCGCCCUCCUGUCACAGACCGGCGCUUGACCAUGCCCCCGCUGCCACAUACCCCCACCACCCGACUCAGGCCGGGCGGCUGUCCGGCCUGCAGCCGUCUUCCCCCCCCCCCCCCCGACGGGAGAGGAAGUCCGCCACGACCAUCUGCGCCCUCGGCCUGUGGACCACCUUGAAAUUAAAGGGUUGGAGUGCCAGAUACCAAUGGGUGAUCCGCGCGUUGGCAUCCUUCAUGCGGUGGAGCCACUGGAGGGGCGCGUGGUCCGAACAGAGGGUGAAAGGGCGUCCCAGCAGGUAGUAACGGAGGGCGAGGACCGCCCACUUGAUCGCCAAGCACUCUUUUUCGAUGGUGCUGUAGCGCCCCUCACGCACCGACAGCUUCCUGCUGAUGUACAAGACUGGGCGGUCCUCCCCCUCCACCUCCUGGGACAAAACAGCCCCCAGCCCUCUGUCUGACACAUCCGUCUGCAACAUAAAGGGGAGAGAGAAGUCAGGGGAGUGUAAAAGUGGCCCCCCACACAGUGCAGCCUUUACCUCAGAGAAAGCCCGCUGGCAUUGCUCUGUCCACUGGACCGGAUCUGGUGCCCCCUUUUUAGUCAGAUCAGUCAGUGGGCUGGUGACGUCCGAAUAAUUAGGUAUAAACCUCCGAUAAUAGCCAGCCAGCCCCAGGAACUGUCUCACCCCCUUUUUGGUCUUGGGCCUUGGGCAGGCCGCAAUUGUUGCUGUCUUGUUAAUUUGGGGACGCACCUGCCUGUUGCCCAAGUGGAAGCCCAGAUACCGUACUUCCACCCGCCCAAUCACACACUUCUUUGGGUUGGCUGUGAGAUCCGCUCGCCUCAGCGACCUAAGGACGGCCCUCAGAUGUUCGAGGUGCCUCAGCCAGUCAUUACUAUAGACGAUAAUGUCAUCGAGGUAGGCGGCCGCAUAAGUGGCGUGGGGGUGGAGGACCCUGUCCAUCAGCCGCUGAAACGUAGCGGGCGCCCCAAACAGCCCAAAAGGAAGUGUGACGAAUUGGUGUAAUCUGAACGGUGUGGAAAAGGCCGUUUUUUUCUCGGGAUAGUGGAGUGAAGGGGAUCUGCCAGUAACCCCUUGUUAAAUCCAGUGUCGAAUAAAAGCGAGCCAUGCCUAGUCGAUCGAGCAACUCAUCAAUACGAGGCAUUGGGUACGCGUCAAAUUUAGACACCGCGUUGACUUUUCUAUAGUCCACACAG